CUAUAGGUUAUGUUCUCGUGGUGUAAAUAUAUUUUCAUUCAUAUAAAAGUGAGUUGUAAUUUGGCAGCACAUUUGGAUGGCAUUAGAAUAUAUCUGUUUGGUUUUAUAUUAACCCUAAAUACUUAGUUUACUCUCGGUCUACAAUGACCAUUGUAAUAUCUGAACCUGUCGCACAGCUGAUGCCGGUGCUCUGGAAAAUUCCUGCAACUCUUGUUUGCAAUUUGCACAAUAGUUCAUAGUUCUUUCAGCUGGCUAUGGACGUAGGACUCUUCCCUCCCCAUUAUUUUGUUACGCUGUACUCUGAUGCCUAUAUGCCGACCUUGGGGCGCGGCAGAUAUCGAGCGUCCGUUUGAACGCAAACGCCUUCGUAACUGAAACGCGGACUUGUUAACCAACGUCACCGUCUACCGCGCGAAACGCAUGUUUAAUGCCGCAUUCAUGUGCCAAUCGGAACUAGGAAACUCUGAAACGUCUGACUUGCAAACGGAUUGUAUUUAAACAGGUGACACGUUCAACGAAUCAGCAAAGUAUGACACUCGAACAACGCCCUCCCGGUGCGGCUCGACGUCAGGACACGUCCUUGUGGGGUCCCUCCUCUCUUUCCUGUGCUAUAGAAGUAGUUAAACACAAAGCCAUUUCAGUACAGUAGCGCUCUGAACUACCACAGAGCAGGAGUUUAACCCUGGGAGUUUAGCAGACAGAUUAUAGCCUGCACCCAUGACCAUAAUAAGAGAGAGAGACUGGUCUUUGUUGAUGACCUAUUCCAAAACAGGAGGACUAGGAGCUUUACUCACUGCUUUCAUGAAACAGAGAAGAAUGGGGCUGAAUGACUUCAUUCAGAGGCUGGCCACAAGUAACUCAUUCACCUGCAAACAUCCUGAGGUUCAGUCCAUCGUCAACUUGGCUCCCCAACAACAGGAGGCUGAGCUACUGAAUGCAAACCCCUCUCCUCCUCCCAGUCCCUCCCAGCAGAUGAACCUGGGCCCGUCUUCCAACCCCACAGCCAAGCCCAGUGACUUCCACUUCCUGAAGGUGAUAGGGAAGGGUAGCUUCGGGAAGGUCCUCCUAGCCAGGCACCGAACAGACGACCAGUUCUACGCUGUUAAGGUGCUGCAGAAGAAGGCCAUCCUGAAGAAGAAAGAGGAGAAGCACAUCAUGUCAGAGAGGAACGUCCUGUUGAAGAACAUUAAACACCCCUUCCUAGUGGGACUACACUACUCCUUCCAGACCGCUGAUAAACUCUACUUUGUGCUGGACUACAUUAACGGAGGAGAGUUGUUCUACCAUCUCCAGAGGGAGAGGCGUUUCUUAGAGCCCCGGGCCAGGUUCUAUACAGCAGAGAUCGCCAGUGCCCUGGGCUACCUCCACUCUCUAAACAUCGUGUACAGAGACCUGAAGCCUGAGAAUAUUCUACUGGACUCUCAAGGACACAUCAUACUCACGGACUUCGGGCUCUGCAAAGAGAACAUAGAACAGAACGGAACCACGUCGACGUUCUGUGGAACACCAGAGUACCUAGCUCCAGAGGUGUUACACAAGCAGCCGUAUGACAGGACGGUCGACUGGUGGUGUUUAGGAGCCGUGCUUUAUGAGAUGCUGUAUGGCCUGCCUCCGUUCUACAGUCGUAACACAGCAGAGAUGUACGACAACAUCCUGAACAAGCCCCUGCAGCUCAAACCCAACAUCUCUAACUCUGCCAAGCACAUACUGGAGGGACUUCUGCAGAAAGACCGCACACAACGACUGGGACACAGCCACGACUUCGAGGAGAUCAAGAACCACAUGUUCUUCUCCCCCAUCAACUGGGAUGACCUGACCUCUAAGAAGCUCACCCCCCCUUUCAAUCCAAACGUGACGGGCCCUAACGACCUUCGCCACUUUGACACGGAGUUCACAGACGAACCCGUCCCCUCAUCCAUUGGCUGUUCCCCUGACUCCUCCCUCAUCACUGCCAGCAUCAAGGAGGCAGCCGAGGCCUUCCUAGGGUUCAGCUACGCUCCUUCCAUGGACUCAUACCUGUAGGCCAGAACCCUAGAGGACAUCCUAUAGACUCAUGAUAGACCAGAACCCUAGAGGGCAUCCUAUAGACUCAUGAUAGACCAGAACCAUAGACUCAUGAUAGACCAGAACCAUAGACUCAUGAUAGACCAGAACCCUAGACUCCUAUAGACUCAUGAUAGACCAGAACCAUAGACUCCUAUAGACUCAUGAUAGACCAGAACCAUAGACUCCUAUAGACUCAUGAUAGACCAGAACCAUAGACUCUUAUAGACUCAUGAUAGACCAGAACCAUAGACUCCCAUUGACUGCUAUAGACACCUGGCUAUAAACCUCCAUUAAUUAUUACCUAUGGGACACAUCAUAGACAUUCCUAUGAAUUGACUAGCUAGGACGGACUCCCCGUGUCAGGGAGGUACACACCUGUAGUCCCCCCCCCGUCCCCCCGUCCCUCCGUCAGACUCACGACACACAACCUCUUCCCUCUCCAUGAUGGACUUGUAUCCCCCUCAGACCCCACCCAAAUCCUAACCCAGAGUGGAGGUUAUUUUACACAUGUCUCGCUGAAACGUCUCGACAGGUUCUGUUGUCUCUUCACCCCGGAUCACGUCGACUGAAACGGGACUUAGAGGAUGAUUCAUUUAUUCAUUUAAUGAUGAUUGGUUGAUUGAUUGAUUGUGGUGAGGAAGAAAGCGAAGCUGCUAGUAUCUACGGUUCUGUAUCUAAGUUCUGUUUUAAAGAACCUGGACCGAUACAAAGAGGACAUGGAUCGCAUCCCAAAUGGCACCCUAUUUGCCAUAUAUAGUGCACUACUUUUGCCCAGGGCUCUGUCACUUUGGGAUACAGAUGUGAUGGACAGAAUGCUUUGUGGUGUUGAGAUCCGUCCGGUCCCCUAGACCCUACUCCCUACCC